AUGAAAUUCUUAAGAGCAAAAUGGCUUGACGUAAACUACGAUCAUUAUAUUGAUACGGAUAAUCAGCAAAUUUAUAUGAUAGGAAUUUCUCGAGGUCUUGUAGAAAUCGAUGAUGACCUUAUAUUAGCUUUUGACCUUGGAGACAAGAUAGUAGUUUUCAAAAUAUAUGAAAUUCCAAAUUUAUUACAUAUAUUCUUCGAUCAAGGAAACGCACAAUUUGUGAUUAAUCAAAUGUAUUAUAAGGAUUCUGAUAUUUUAGAGAUUAAUUUCGUUAAUUUUAUCCCACUUAUUGUAAAUUUCAAGAAAACCGAGGUGGAAGGUAUUGAGAUGGGAAUGGAUCACGUCGGAAAGCUUGUUUGUUUACACUUGUGUAAUUUUAAGAAAAAUGAAUUUAUGUCGAAGUCGUUAUCAGAAGAAGAGAGAGAUGAAAGAUUAAAUCGUUCGAUAGAGAUAAUGAAAGAUAGAGAGAAAUCGCGAGC